AUGACAGAACUGAACACCUCUGUUGAAAUUAUUCCUAACAAACUUUAUUGAAUCAGUGACAGAGCGCCCCCGCGAAAUCAACGAAACUCUUUUUACUUCUGUAUCGACAACGACUUAGUAUACCAGCCUUUCUAUUUAGAUUUUGGCCCAUUAAAUAUCGGCAUGACUUACAAAUUUUGUUCAGAACUUGAAAAACUAGUGAACUCCCCCACACACAGCUCACAUAGAAUCUAUCACUUCACAUCCCUGCUCCCUCACAAGCGCAUAAAUGCAGCUUACCUGAUGUGUGCGUUUCAAGUCAUCAUUUUAAAUCGAUCACCCGAACAAUCAUUUGAACCUUUUAAGUCCUUGCCUCCUUUUGAAGGUUUUCGUGAUGCUGGAGGUACAAAUUCUCCAUAUCGAUGCUCAAUUUUGCAUUGUCUUAGAGGACUGGAAAAAUCAAUCCAAUUAAAUUGGUUUGAUAUGAAAACUUUUAAUAUAAGAGAUUACGAAUUCUAUGAAAGAGUAGAAAAUGGGGAUUGAAACUGAAUAAUCCCAGGCAAAAUGCUAGCCUUUGCAUCGCCAAACCCGGCUCAAAUUGAUCAGCAAGGAUUUAAGCUGUGAACACCUGAAGAUUAUGCACCUUUAUUUAAGCAGCUUGGGGUAACUGCUGUUGUUAGGCUUAAUAAUAAAACCUAUGAAGCAGAAAGAUUUACGACACUUGGGAUCAGGCAUUAUGAUAUCUACUUUGUAGAUGGGUCUGUGCCAAGCAGAGAAGUAAUUGACCAAUUUUUGAGGAUUUGUGAAGAAGAGCCAGGAGGCGUUGCAGUACAUUGUAAGGCUGGGCUUGGGAGAACGGGCACGCUAAUUGGGAUGUAUGCAAUGAAGCAUUAUAGAUUCCCAGCUGAAGAUUUUAUUGGUUAUAUAAGAUUGUGUAGGCCUGGAAGUGUGCUUGGCCCCCAGCAGCAAUUUUUAUGCGAUAUGCAGGAGCAGGCAUUUGGCUGGGGUGAUGAUUUUAAUGGUGAAAAUGAUAUUGAAAACAGAGUCUAUGUAAUUUUAAUGUAGAGAAUGGAAGUUUCAAGUCCUGAAGAAAUUAAGAGCCCAAUGUCUCCAGAAGAUAAACAUAUUUCAAUGUUUGGAGAUAAUGGACAAGCUGAAAGGCUUAUGCAUGCUAAAAAAUCAAACCAAAAUUCGCCAAAUGUAAGUUCUCCGAUACCAAAAACAAAAAAUAUUAAUAAUGAAAGAGGUGGCAUGAUAAGCUUGGAAUCGAAAAAUUCCAAGAAUAUGACAAAUAUUUUUGUAAAGCCGAACUUCAUAAGAAUUGAAAAUGGAAGACGUUCUCAGCAUGCAAAAUAG